GGCCACCCAAAUAUUGAGGCCCAGCUGUGGUACGUGAAGUUCAAUUGUAAGAAACUGGCCCUCGGUGCAAUAAAUCGAUCUAUCAAUCAGGCGAGUGAGGAACUUGGUGGGGGGAAAAUCAAUCCGGGUACUUAUUUGGACGAGUAUCAAGCCAAUAGAGGGCUGGAUGAGGCAGAGAGUUGAGGUGGUGAGAGAGAGUCUCUUGAUCAAAAAGGCUCUAAUGUGGAGACAAAAUGGGGGGCGAUUGACUAGUGGGGUCUUGCUGUGCUGGCUUUCUCAUCCUGGGCAUGCAAGGGCACAUCCCAAACGGGUAUAGCACUGUAGGGACUGGUGGCUGCCACAGUUUUCCCAAUCGCCAUUGGUAGAGCAUUUUCAACUAGUAAUGGCAUGUAUAUCUUCUAUGUCACACAAAGGAGAUAGUAGGACGUUUCAAAUGUGAGGCACACAAUGUAAACUGAAAUUGGCUUUGACCUUUUUGCGGAGCCAAUUUUAAGCUCAGAAGGUUUCAGCUUCUCAACCUCAUAAUGGGAUCACUCAUCCGGAGUCCUUCUAUAUCACCCAUUAAUCUUACUCGUCCAUAUUAUGGGAGCCCAAAAUUGUUGGGAUUAGGGCGCACCUGUUACGACAUAUGCAUUAAGCGUACCCGUCUUUACUGCACAAAUACAUCGCCAUGGGAAAAACCCUCACCUGUCACAUAUGCUCCCAAUGACGAUAAUGAAGGGGACUUCCUGAAGGGCGCUGCAAGCAUCUUUGAUACACUGAGUUCUGAUAAAACAAAUGAAGCUGCUUUAAUGGAUAUCAAACAAGUUACGGAUACAAGCAAUGAGCCACUGCCAUCCCAGCUUCAGUACUUCAAAUGGCCUAUGUGGGUUCUGGGACCUGGACUACUCCUUGCCACAGGCAUGGCCCCAACCUUGUGGUUGCCCACAUCUUCCAUUUUCCUGGGCCCCAACGUAGCCAGCCUUCUCUCCUUAACAGGACUUGACUGCAUAUUCAACCUCGGCGCAUCUCUCUUCCUCCUCAUGGCUGAUUCUUCUGCCCGUCCCAAAAACCCUAGGGAACCCAUAAGCAGCAAGGCUCCUUUUAGUUACCAGUUCUGGAACAUGGUUGCAACCAUAACAGGGUUUAUUAUUCCCAUGGCAAUGUUGUUUGGUUCACAGAAGGGCCUCCUUCAACCCCACCUCCCUCCUAUUUCAUUUGCUGUUUUAUUAGGUCCCUACCUUCUGCUUCUAUCUAUACAGAUGCUCACAGAAAUGCUCAUUUGGCAUUGGAAGUCGCCGGUGUGGCUGGUGACCCCAGUUAUAUACGAAGCAUACCGUGUUUUGCAGUUGAUGAGAGCGCUCAAGCUUGGGGCUGAGGUUACUGCACCGGCAUGGAUGGUUCACACCAUUAGGGGGCUGGUUUGUUGGUGGGUCCUGAUCCUUGGUGUGCAGCUCAUGAGGGUUGCUUGGUAUGCUGGUUUCACUGCUCGUGCUCCACAAAUACAGCCACCUGCUCCUGCUGAUAUUAUAUAGUCCAUAUACAGUGAAGAACAGAAAGGAUGGUGGUGCCUUCAUGCACAGGUCCGUAAUAGGUCACGACCGGAUUUUAUGUUGCUUGAUGUUGUUAACCAUCAACUUCUCCAUUCAAUAGGAUAUAUUGGGAUUGUGCAAAAGCAUGUAAAUAAUAUAAACCUAGAUGCUGGAAAACUACGUUGCUAUGCUAAUGUAUAUAAUUGGAAAGCAGAUUAUAAACCUA